AACCUCACCAUGGUUCUUCCCAAGAACACAAAUAUAAGAGAAUAAAAUAAAAACUGUACAACACACACAAAAAAAUAUAUAAUUGUAAAAAACAAAGGAGAGAGAGGAAAAGUUGCUGGGACUGCCUCCCCCUUCUUCUUCUCUUCUUCUUCUUCUUCUUCACCUUCUUCUUCUCUUUUCUUUUUCUUCUUUUUCUCUAUCUAAAAGUUUUGAUUCUCUUCUCUCUCUCUCUCUGUGUCCAUUUUUUCCUUCAAAAAGAAGGACAGAGGUGAAAAAAAAAAAUAAGUAAAAAAGAGAUAUUGGAGAGCUUGCACUAGGCUCCUAAUUAAUCCCAAACAUCAUCAACGUCAGAUUACAGUAGAUCAGAUUCAAGCAGUGAUUCAGAGCUGAGUAUUUUGAGCAAGGAAACUGUAAAAAUAAGGGAUAUCAUUACAAUUUCGAUUGUGAGAAGAUACGUGUGUAUAUAUAUAGAGGGGGAACUGUUUAGAUUUGUGAUUUGUUGAAUAACUGGUUUGCAUAAGUUUGGUCUUUCCUUCUUGAGGGUCUGUGCGAAAUGGGAAUUUUUGAAGAGAUGGGAUUCUGUGGUAAUUUUGACUUUAUUUCAUGCCCUUCUCGGGAUGGAGAGGAGGUUCAAGAGUGCGAACCAGAGGCAACUGUGGAAGAGGAUUAUAGCGAUGAAGAGAUGGACGUGGAUGAGCUUGAGAGGAGGAUGUGGCGGGACAGGAUGUUAUUGAGGCGGCUGAAAGAGCAAAGCAAGGGGAAGCAAGGAGUUGACAAUGCAAAGCAGCGUCAAUCCCAGGAGCAAGCACGGAGGAAGAAGAUGUCUAGAGCACAAGAUGGGAUCUUGAAGUACAUGCUAAAAAUGAUGGAGGUUUGUAAAGCUCAAGGUUUUGUGUAUGGUAUUAUUCCUGAGAAGGGAAAGCCUGUGACUGGUGCUUCUGACAAUCUCCGUGCUUGGUGGAAAGAAAAGGUUAGAUUUGAUCGGAAUGGUCCAGCUGCAAUUGCUAGGUACCAGGCAGAACACUCCAUCCCUGGUCAGAAUGAGGACUGCAGUACCAUGGCGUCGACUCCUCAUACCCUGCAGGAGCUUCAAGACACUACUCUUGGCUCGCUCUUGUCUGCUUUGAUGCAGCACUGUGAUCCACCCCAAAGGCGUUUCCCAUUGGAAAAGGGUAUUGCCCCACCAUGGUGGCCUACUGGUAGUGAGGAGUGGUGGCCUCAAUUGGGUAUGCCUAAGGAUCAGGGGCCUCCACCUUAUAAGAAACCUCAUGACUUAAAAAAGGCUUGGAAGGUCAGUGUCCUCACAGCUGUGAUCAAGCACAUGUCUCCUGACAUUGCAAAGAUUCGCAAGCUUGUUCGUCAAUCCAAAUGCUUGCAGGACAAAAUGACUGCUAAGGAGAGUGCAACUUGGUUGGCCAUUAUAAACCAGGAGGAAGCUUUGGCCCGAAAGCUGUAUCCUGAUAAAUGUCCACCUAUGUCAGCUACUGGGAAUGGGUCUCUUGUAAUCAGUGAGACCAGUGAUUAUGAUGUUGAUGGUGUGGAUGAUGAACCUAAUUUUGAAGUGGAGGAAUGCAAGCCCCGUGAUAUUGGUCGCUUCAACAUAGGGACUAUUGUUCCUUCAAGGGAUAGGAUUCUUAUGCCUCAAGUGGCUUCUCGAAUUAAGGGAGAAAUCAUUGAAACCAACCCUGAUUUUGUUCAAAAGAGGAAGCAAGUGGGUGAUGAGUCACAGAUGAUGAUGGAUCAGAAGAUAUUCACCUGUGAGUACUCUCAGUGUCCAUAUCAUGAUUACCGUCUUGGCUUUCUCGAUAGGACCUCCAGAAACAAUCACCAGAUGAAUUGUGCAUACCGUCCCAAUUCUUCUCAACCUUCUCAGCAAACUUUUGGAAUGCCAAGCUUUCAGAUUAACAAUGAUAAACCAGCUGUCUUCUCCUUACCAUUUUCCCAACCUAAGCCACCACUGGCUCCUCAACAAAUAAACCAAUCUUCUCCUUUCACUGGCCUUGAUAUUCCGGAAGAUGGGCAGAAGAUGAUCUCUGACCUUAUGUCACUUUAUGACACAAAUGCACAGCAGAGGAACAAAGGUUUGAAUCCUGGGAACCAUUCUGUUCCCACCAACAUGGAGAACCAUACUCAACCACAACAAAAAUACCAAUUUCAGAUGGAUGAUAGCUUCUUCAGCCAGGGUGUUAUGGGAGGAAACAUGUCUGAGCAAGCAAAUAAUAUCUCAUCACAACAAGUGGUUUUCCCAUCCGCAGAGGUUCAGUUUGAUCAGUGCAAGGCGUUCGAUUCUCCAUUCGACAAUAAUCCCAAUGAUAAUAUUGCAGACUUAAGAUUUUCUUCUCCAUUUAACAUGGCACCAGUUGAAUUUGCUGUGGACUCACUGCCAAAGCAGGAUGUCUCCCUCUGGUACCUCUGAAACCAGAACAAUAUCACAAGACUUUUACUGCUUCAGUAAUUUGGGUAACUGCAGGGUAAUUAAGUGGGAGGCUCAUCUUAAUACUUUGGAGAAACCAGGUUCUUCAAACUUUAUUUUCUAGAGUUUAAGCUGUCUAAUGUUUUUCUUUUUUCUUUUUUGCUGUUUUGAAGUAGGGUAUAAUAAGGGACUGGAAAGAAUCCAACCCAGUAUUUGCUGCUGCUGAAAAGUUGGGUUUUUUUUUUCUUUUUCUUUUUUCUUGUUUCUUUAGUUGACGUUGGGGCUGCUAUAUAUCUUUAUUAUCAUUAUUAUUAUUAUUAUUAUUAUUAUCAUCUACACAUACUUUUUAUGUAUGUAAUGAUCUCAUCUUUGAGCUACAUUUAGACUGGUAGAGUCCAUUUUAAUUACUUGUGCUGAAAUGCCUAGUUCUUGUAAAUAUAACCAGUUAUCAUAUUCAAGUGCUCUGUUAUCCUCUC